AAUAUUUAGUGAUAAUAUUAUUACUAGAUCUUUGAGUUAUUCCUUAUUUAUUUCAAUAUAACGAUCAGUACUUGAAUGUUGAAUACAUGACGCAUUGUAAAUAUUAUUAAAAAAUUAAAUUUAAAGAAAAUAUAGGUUACAAGUAUACUUUUUGCUUGCUGACAUAAAACUUUAAUUAUGGAAAGACCACAAAAGAUCCCUAAAGUAGCUAAGGUGAAAAAUAAAGCUCCAGCAGAGAUUCAAAUUACUGCUGAACAGUUAUUAAGAGAAGCUAAAGAACGUGAUCUAGAAAUCGUACCUCCACCACCAAAACAGAAGAUUUCUGAUCCUGUAGAAUUACGAGACUACCAACAUAGAAAACGUCGAACUUUUGAAGAUAAUAUAAGAAGAAAUCGUUCAAAUGUAAGUAACUGGAUAAAAUAUGCAGCUUGGGAAGAAAGUCAAAAAGAAAUACAGAGGGCAAGGUCUAUUUAUGAAAGAGCUUUAGAUACUGAUUAUCGCAAUAUAACAUUAUGGCUAAAAUAUGCCGAAUUAGAAAUGCGUCAUCGGCAAGUUAUGCAUGCCAGAAAUCUUUGGGAUCGUGCUGUAGUUAUUAUGCCACGUGCAAACCAAUUUUGGUACAAGUAUACUUACAUGGAAGAAAUGUUAGGAAACGUUGCAGGAGCUCGAGCUGUUUUUGAACGAUGGAUGGAAUGGGAACCUCCAGAACAAGCUUGGUUGACUUAUAUUAAAUUUGAGUUACGUUACCAUGAAAUCGAUCGAGCUCGAAAAAUUUAUAAUAACUUUGUCAUGGUUCAUCCUGAUAUUACUAACUGGAUAAGAUAUGCUAGAUUUGAAGAACAAAAUGGAUUUAUUGCUGGAGCUAGAAGUGUUUUUGAACGAGCAGUAGAAUUUUUUGGUGAUGAACAUAUUAAUGAAAAUUUGUUUAUAGCUUUUGCAAAGUUUGAAGAACGUCAAAAAGAGCAUGAACGUACUCGUGUAAUUUAUAAAUAUGCCUUAGAUCAUGUUUCAAAAGACCGAUGUCAUGAUAUUUAUAAAGCAUAUACUAUUCAUGAAAAAAAAUUUGGUGAUAGAACAGCAAUUGAGAGUGUCAUUAGUAGUAAAAGAAAACUUCAAUAUGAACAAGAAGUUAAAGAAAAUCCUACAAAUUAUGAUGCAUGGUUUGAUUAUUUGAAAUUGGUUGAAAGUGAAGGAAAUGUAGAGGUAAUUCGUGAUACGUAUGAACGAGCAGUUGCAAAUAUUCCUCCUUCAAAUGAAAAACAUGUUUGGCGUCGUUAUGUAUAUUUAUGGAUCAACUAUGCCCUUUUUGAAGAACUAGAAGCUGAAGAUGAAGACCGUACUCGUGAUGUUUAUCAAACAUUUAUAAGCACUAUCCCACAUAAACUAUUUACUUUUUCCAAAGCUUGGCUAUACUAUGCGCAAUUUGAGAUACGCCAUAAAAAUUUAUCAGUAGCAAGAAAAAGACUGGGAGUUGCCUUAGGUUUAUGUCCUAGAGAUAAACUUUUUAGAGGUUAUAUUGAUUUAGAAAUACAAUUAAGAGAAUUUGAACGCUGUCGCAUAUUGUAUGAAAAAUAUUUAGAAUUUGGUCCAGAAAAUUGUGUGACUUGGAUAAGAUUUGCUGAAUUAGAAACCGUUCUUGGUGACAUAGAUCGUGCUCGAGCAAUUUAUGAAUUAGCUGUUAAUCAGCCAAGGCUUGAUAUGCCUGAAGUACUUUGGAAGUCUUAUAUUGAUUUUGAAACAACACAAGGAGAAAUAGAAAAAGCAAGGAAAUUAUAUGAAAGGCUAUUAGAACGAACUAAUCAUUUUAAAGUCUGGAUGAGUUAUGCUCAAUUUGAAGUAUCUGCUGAUGAAGAGGAUGGUAUAGAUAGAAUAACUGUAGCAAGAAGAGUAUUCGAAAGGGGUAAUCUAGCACUUAGAAGAAAUGGAACUCCUGAAGAAAGAGAAGGUAUAUUACAGGCAUGGUACAAUUUUGAAGAAGAAUAUGGGGAUGAAACCAAUAGAACAAAAGUUAAAAAUAUGUUACCAAGAAGAAUUAAAAAAAGAGUUCCUUAUACCUCUGAAAGUGGUCGUGAUAGAGGAUGGGAAGAAAAAAUUGAUUAUAUUUUCCCUGAAGAUGAUGCAGUAAGACCAAAUCUUAAACUUUUAGAGACUGCCAAGGCAUGGAAAAGGAAAAAAUUGGAAGGAAAAAAUGAAUAAUUCAACUUAAUAAAUUAUUAAUCAGAACUAAGAUGUUCCAGAGGUACAAUUGAUUUUUUUUCAAUAUCUCUAGAAAGUGCUUUCCUCAUAUCUAAAAUUAUAUAAGUGUAAAUAAAUAUGACAUGUAAUAUUAAAUAUCAUAAUAUCAAUGUAAAAUAAAACUGUUAUACCAUAUGCAUCUUCAUCGGGAUCUCCCGAGUAAUAUUCUAAAACAGUUCGAUAUACUGUAUAUCCUAAACUUUUGUACAUGGAUAUAGCUACUGUAUUGCUAACUCGAACAUAAAGGUCAACAAACCAUGCAUCUUUCCUGAAAUAAAUACUUUUUUACAUUAGUAAUCACUUUAACAAUAUUUUUUAUUGAAGAUUUAUAUUUAAUCAAUUCUUUUAUAAACAUACUACUUUUAUUUUAGAAAUUAACUAACUUAUUUUUUAAUAAGAAUAAAUAAGUAUUGAAUUCUUUAUACAAAAAAACAUUGGUGAAAAGAAAUUUGAUCUCAAUAAAUUGCCAACUUGUUUACUUAUACAAGACAAAAACUUAAAAUAAAUAGCUAUUUCAACAU